CCUACAAACCAAGAUGGACGCUUUCGAAUUGUUUCGGAAACUCGGAGCUGGAGCUAAAUUCGACCUGAAAAGGUUCGGCCAGGACGCGUCUCGAUUCAAGUUUGUCAGAACACAUGCAAGAGACGCGUCGUUCGAGCAGCUCUCUGCGAUCGAUUACUUCGGCGCAGGGGGGACGAGUGGAGCGCAGAGCACAGCCAAAGAUCGGGAGGGAGAUGAAGAUGAGAGCAGCGUCGGGGUCCAAAAAAGAAAGCGACGGGAUGAGGAGAGGAGGGUGAAGAAGAAGAAAAAGACAGCAAAAAUAGCAGGGAAUGCCAAUGGACUGAAUAACUCAAAGCAGGACGGGAUCACCUGGAUGUCCUCACUGGAUGGGAAGAUUCAGAACCUGCGGGGCGAUGGGAAGGAGAAGUCGUCGCUGAAAAGGCUGAAGCAGCUUCAUCGGGAGAAGGUGAACCGCCUGCGUUCUCGUCACCGCAUCAACGUUCAUGGCAGCGACACGCCGGACCCCGUGUGCACCUUCGAGGAGCUGCAGUCCGAGUACCAGCUCAACCCGCGGCUCCUGGAGAACAUGCGCAAUGCCGGCCUCAGUACGCCCACGCCCAUUCAAAUGCAGGCCAUCCCGCUCAUAAUGCAGUGUCGCGAGCUCCUGGCCUGCGCUCCGACGGGAUCGGGCAAGACGCUGGCCUUCUGCCUCCCGCUGCUUGCGCACCUCAAGCAGCCCGCCAAGCUCGGAUUCAGGGCGGUCAUCAUCUCACCCACAAGAGAACUGGCCAGCCAGACCCACAGGGAGAUGCUGCGCCUGUCUGAGGGUACCGGCUUCCGAAUCCGCAUCCUAGACAAAGCGUCGGUGGCGGCCAACAAGUUCGGACCUCAAUCGAACAAAAAAUUUGACGUCCUGAUCAGUACUCCCAAUCGACUUGUCUUCCUGCUCAAACAGGAUCCUCCCGCCAUUGACCUCAGCAGCGUGGAGUGGCUGGUGGUGGACGAGUCGGACAAGCUGUUCGAGGACGGCAAGAAGGGCUUCAGGGAACAGCUGGCGGCCAUUUUCCAGGCGUGCUCGGGCGCGAAGGUGCGCCGGGCGUUCUUCAGCGCCACCUGCACGCAGGAUGUGGAACAGUGGUGCCGUCUUAAUCUGGACAAUCUGGUCUCCGUCAACAUCGGACACAGGAACACGGCGGUGGAUUCCGUGGAGCAGGAGAUGCUGUUUGUCGGCACGGAGAACGGCAAGCUGGUGGCCGUACGUGACAUCAUCAAAAAGGGCUUCCUGCCUCCCGUGCUGGUGUUCGUCCAGUCCAUCGAGCGAGCGCGCGAGCUUUUCCACGAGCUCGUCUACGAGGGCAUCAAUGUGGACGUCAUCCACGCUGAGCGCACGCAACAGCAGCGGGACAACGUGGUCGAGAGUUUCCGCUGCGGAAAGAUCUGGGUGCUGAUCUGCACGGCGUUGAUGGCCCGAGGAAUCGAUUUCAAAGGCGUCAACCUUGUGCUCAACUAUGAUUUCCCCACCAGCGCUGUCGAAUACAUUCACCGGAUAGGUCGCACGGGCCGAGCGGGCCAUCGAGGGAAAGCCAUCACUUUCUUCACAGAGAACGACAAGCCGCUCCUGCGAAGCAUCGCUAACGUUAUCAAACAAGCCGGAUGUCCAGUUCCGGACUACAUGGUUGGCUUCAAGCGGAUACACAGCAAAGUCAGGAGGAGACUGGAGAAGAAACCUCCCAGCAGGAGCACCAUUUGCACCACGCCACGUAUCCUCAUGAAGAAACCGCCCCAAAAAGUCCAGAAAAGCAAGCAACGCCCAAGAAAUUUGGAAAAACAAAAGAAAACGGCAAAUUCUCUGAAAAAACAAGUCAGAAAAAAGACCAAGACACCACAAGAGUAGAAGAUGGACUUUGGAAAUGUUCCAAUAUGCUUUGGUCUUUGUAUGUCGAAAUAAAGAAAAAAAAUAAACUUUGUAUUACUAUCUG